AGAAAAAGUAUAUUUCAUUUCCUCCUUCAUUCUAGUAUAAAUAAACUAAACCUGAAUAUUGGCUCUCAUAUAAGACUUUUGAGGAUACACGUCAAGUGAAUUUCCAGUGUAGAGCUGCUGACCUCACUGUGAUCCCAUCAUGAGUGCUAAUAAUUUCCUCAAUGCAAUCAACAAGUGGGUGGAUCUACAGAAAAAAUCUGUAGAAAAGCUGAACUCGCUGGCUGCUGAGCUGAGGAAACAUAAGAAGAACGUGAACAUCAGUAAGGUUGUUGGAAGCUCUGUAUCUGUAGGUGGUGCAGUUGCCAUGACAGCAGCAGGCAUCCUAUCAAUCUUUACAGGUGGCCUGGCAAUACCCGUACUAGCUAUAGGAGGAGCAGUGGCAUCUGGGUUAGCUCUGGCUAACAAUGCAGGUUCAGAGGUUGCCAAUGCUGUCAUAUCAAGUCGCAUCAUGAAUGAGGCACGCAUGAUUGCAGAGGAGAUUGAGAAAGUUGAAAAUACCUUUCAAAAGCCCAUUAUAAGUUUAGCAAAAGAAGGACAGAAGACAACACAGGCUCAUUCCAAUGCAGCUGAAUCUGGAAGGAAAUAUGUUAUGGAGCAAAUCCUGAGAGUGAUGGCAGUGGAAGAGGGACUGAUAUUACAUGAAAGCAUCAGUUUGCUGAAUAUGACUAUGCACCAAGAGAAACGAUCUCUUCUGCAGAGUUCAGCUCUGGGACUACCACUACUUUCAAAACUUGUGACGGAGUUGGUCACUUCUGUGGGAGCAAAAUUAGCUGCAAAAGCAGCUGGACGUAUUGCAGGAGGAGCAGUUGGACUUGUAGUCUCAAUUCCAGAGCUAAUUUUCGAUUGUUUAAACCUGGAUGACUGUGAGACAGAAAACUGUAAGCACCUGAGAGAGACUGCACAAGGCAUACAGACUGCUUAUGAAAAGAUGGAAAGAGAACUUCAGGAAAUGAAAAAAAUGAUUCAGAGGUUAGUCGUGGUUCAACGCUGCAUAGAAAACAAACACAGGAACCACGAGGAAAAGAAAACAUUGAUAGAUACAUUGAUUGAAAGACAAAAGUGUGAACAUAAAGUCAUCAAGCGGUGGCUGAAAGAAAACUCAGACUUUGAGGCCUUCUUCAAACUGUUGGACUUGUUUCACCUAUUGAGAAUAAAGCUUGAAAAGGAAGAAAAGAAGAACCACUCCAACACCGUUGACAUCACCUUUGUGGCACAUGGAUCAAUCACGGGCUCCAUGAUCCCAGCCAGCUGUCUGCUGACUCUGCCCGCCAUCACUGACAUCGUCCUGUACUCUCCCUGGAACUGCGUCAUCACUGCUGAUGCAGCGUAUGGUGUUGCUACAGGACUCAUGGAGCCUAAGCACAGAGUUUUUUACUGUAUAAAAAAAGAUGACUGCAAACAGAAACAUCGACCCACCAAACUUCCAAAUGAGUGGAACUCAAUGAAGAAAGCUGGAGAUCGAAAGAUUCCCAACAUCAUGCUGGGACCUCUAAAACAACCCAAAGAUGAUGCGUGGAAUAAAUUUGAGUUUCUCGAGAAUACGCAUGGCAAACCUGGGAGAAACCGCAUCGUCAUCCCGUACACAGGAAAGAGUAAAGGAGCUAUCCCAUUCUUCGUUGUCUCCUUGGCUCUGUCUGUUGUGCUCUCUUUUUCCAGGUUUCAAGCCACGCUCCAUCUCACUGCCUGUUUGAGCAAAUCUAAAAAUGAGAAAAUGAACCUUGAGGAGGAUGCCCUGGAGGAGCAGUAUGCCUACACCAUCGACCACACAGCAAUGACUUGUUCAAGAAGCAUGUCACCCAGCAAACUGCUUAGCUCUUUCAAAGCUGUAUUUGAUUAGACUUCCAGAAUUUUCCCUGAAACGAAUUUCCAUUCUCUGUUAUCACUCCAACUUCUUCGGCUUCCUCAGUGGCAGGAAUUGGAGCUGUGUUAGUGUAACUGGUGAAAUGAAAUCCGCUGUAUGUGUGAAUGUCUGUCUUUGUUUUAGCCCUGUGAAGGGCUCGUACUCUGUGACAGCUGGAUUGGCUCAGCCACAAUCCUAAGAUGGAUAAGCAGAAGAAAAGGGAUGGAUCUUUGUGUUAGUUAUCUUUACUAAAUUAGUUUUAAAUCUUUAUGAUUAUAUACAUGUUUAAAAUGAUUCACUUAUUUAAACUUCAUAUAAGUUUUUCCUAUGCUGACUAUAGUACCAUGACUACAGAUGUACUUCUUUUGUAGGAUCUCCUUUUUCUUUUAAGUCUUGGUUUGUUUGUUUUUUGGAUGAUCAAAAAUAUGUUUUAAUAUAAAGUGUCUGUUGAACACAGACAUGGCUCUGUUAGUCUGCAGAGGAAACAAAAAAUGCACUUGCUGAACUGUUGCUGUGUUUACUGUGUGCAGCAAACAGCUUCUGUCUGUAUGUUCUAAUUUUAUUGUUUGAUUCUAUUUAAGAUCCAUUGUUUUUUGUGUAACCUUUAUUGAGAGAAAUAAAACUUCCU